AAUUAAAAAUGUUAUUUGAAAAAUGUGGCCCUAUUUUAGGCACCUGUUCUUAUACUCCAACACAGAUCACCCAGGUCUGUUAGAUGCUCUAACAUGUCUGCAGACUGACAGCCAGUCUUUACUUCAGUCUUGUGUGUAUUGCAUCUGUUGCUUCCGCUGUAACUCUCUCCAUUAGGAAUCCUACUCCACCACCUCCACCACCACCAGCAGCAGCAGCAGCUUCAGUCAGAACAGGAGGCUCGGUCUAAAUGCGGACAUGGGUGUUUCUCAGUGCACGUAUCUCCACGCAGUUCUGUUCCUGCCUCCAGCAUUUCGACACUGAUCGCUCCGUUUCCACGCUGACACCGUCAUGUUUUCUCUUCACCCCACUCUGGCAACUUUGACCGCGGCCAUCAGCACUUGAGUGUGGGUUUAUGUUAGUGGAUCUUUUCGGAGCAGAGAUGGUUCAUAGGAGCGCAGCGCGUCCUCCUGCCUUCAGGAAACAACUUCACACAGAUCCGGCUCUGUGACCAUGCUCCACAUUUUGACCAAUUUUGUUGAAAAAUAAGAGGGAACAAAGGGCCGAUGAUGAGCAACCAUAAAAGCGGAGGGGUGGCAUCGAAAGAACGGCUGUACGAGCUGUGGAUGUUGUACUACACCAAGAAAGAUGUGGGCUAUCUGCAGCAGUGGUUGGAGGCUUUUGUGGCAUCCUUUGAGCGGCUCAUUGAUGUGCACUCACUGGAGCCUCGGAGGCUGGAGGAGUCCAGCUCCGAGGUGCCCUCGCUCCCCAGAGAGGUCUUGGUGUUCCUUAGCACGCAGCUAUGGCACAGUGCACUCCACCUCUCCGGCGGCGUCGAGCAAAACAGCAGCACACCACACCCACUGCUCCUCAUCAAGUUCUUCAUCAUCAUCUGCAGAAACCUGGAGAACAUUGACCAAGAAAAGACGCCGGGUUUUGUGUUUGAAACCAUCAGGCUUUUGAAUUUCUGUCUGCACCAGCUCAAACGUGGACAAGGAGAGCUGCCUUCUCUGCAGUUGGUGGUGCAGUACGGACUGGUGCUGUGUGAGAGUCUCUUUGACCCUUAUCAAACGUGGAGGAGACGCCUAGCAGGGGAGGAGGUGAGCUUACAGGAGAGGAACAAGUACAAGUUCUCCCCCUUGGCCUUACCGGAGGAGCUGCCUGCUCUCUUCAAUGAGAGUCUACAGGAGAGUGAGCAGAUCCCAGAGAUCCUUACACUCAGACUGGUCCAUCUCCAGGGGGCCGUCAUCAGUGGAGGAAAGAAAAACGGUCUCCUCUCCAUCACCCCUCACUCUGUGGAGGACUUGUUUUCUGUUUUGCGAGCGUGGUGUCUGCGGGCCUCUUCCUCACCAAAGGACACUAGGCUCCCAAAGAUGACCUUGCAGUGCCUGACGGCCAUGAUUCACCUCUUGCACUCCAGCAGUCCUGCAGAACGGCAGAUAGAGAUCAGGACCAUACUGGAGAGCUACUUCCAGCUCCUCAACUGGAAUCGUCCGCUUAGCAGUGAGGACUUGGACAGGAACAGUUGGGAAGAGAAUCUGAUCUUGCUUCAGAGCCAAAUGCUAACUGCUGUUCCUGAGAUUCUCCAGUGCCCGGACAGACCCGUCCUGCAGGCGAUCUUCCUGAACAACAACUGCUUUGAACACAUACUGAGGCUCAUUCAGAACAGCAAGCUCUAUCAGAGCAACAGGCGUAGGUCGGAGCGUCAGGUUGUGUCUGACCUCACCACAAGUUUACUCACAGAGAUCGAUGUGGACCAGGUUUUGGAGAAGGGCUCAGACAGUAUUACAGUCCAUGCUCUGGGUGUCCUCACUGCUAUAAUGAGUAAUUCACCCUCUGCAAAGGAGGUUUUCAAGGAGAGAAUUGGAUAUUCCCAGUUAUUUGAUGUGCUCAAGAGUCAAGGUCAACCCACCAAACGGCUGCUGCAGGAGCUGAUGAACAUGGCUGUUGAGGGGGAGCACAUCCACGCUAAUCGCCUUGGUAUCAGUAACGACCAGCCCCUGCUGCUGCUCCUGCAGUGGCUGCCCGACCUCGUGGGUCAGAGGGAGCACCAGCUGCUGGUGGCCCAGUGGCUGGCCAACAUCUGCCUGAAACCAGAGGAACUAAAAAGUAUUUUCCGACUGCUCAGAGCGCAUGAGGACAAGAGGAAGGUGCACCCUUACUGCACUCGGCUCAUCAGAGUGCUGUCAGCCAUGGCGGCCAGGGAAGGCCAGGACAGUGCCCUGCAGUACUUUGAUCUCACACCACCAAUGGCAGGUAUCAUGGUGCCGACAAUCCAACGCUGGCCAGGCAGCGGGUUCGCCUUUCACGCCUGGUUAUGUCUGAACAUGGAGUUCACCAGUGAUCGUAGACCACGUGCAAACUCUGGCUUAUGGGCUCAGUAUGACAUGGGAAAAGGACCUCGUAGGAAACAGCUCUAUAGUUUCUUCACAGCCAGUGGAACAGGAUUGGAAGCCUUCUUCACCAUGGAGGGAGUGCUGGUCGUGGCUGUUUGCACUAAGAAGGACUACGUAGCUGUCACACUGCCAGAGUACGCGCUGGCCGACUCGUGCUGGCAUUCAGUUGCCAUAGUCCACAUCCCUGGCCGUCGUCCAUUUGGCCAGAACCUGGUGACGAUCUACAUUGAUGGGGAGCAGCGUAAAACUGCUCACCUCCGCUUUCCUUCUCUUGGAGAGCCUUUUACCUCCUGCUGCAUCGGCUCUGCCGGCCACCGGACCACUACGACCACCACCUCCCCCAACCUGCCGACACACUCAUCCUCCUGCUCAUCACCAGAGUUUGCCUUUCCCUCUCAGGCCCCCUCCCUGAUCCGCUCCCAAUCCUUCCCAGCCUCUUUUGCAGGAGGCCAACGGGCGCCUGCGGGGGACACUAACAUGCACAUCAUCUCUGCAGGACUGCAGGACACAGAGUGGGGGACACCCACGUCUCUGAGUGGUCUCCUGGGCACGGCCUUUAUCUGCUACGAGGCUCUGCAGCCGGCCCAGGCAAAAGCUCUGUUUGCUGCAGGCCCCAAUAAUGUGUCCUUAUUCAAAGUGGAUGGAGAGUUGUCUGAUCUCAACAGCAAGCUCCUUCUCUACUACACUCCACAGGCCUUUAAGAGCCAGAUAUGUCUGGACUUGUCUCCCAAUUAUCAUUAUGAUGGUAGACUGACAGGACACAGGGUAGUGAACUGGGACAUCAAGGAUGUUAUAAAUGUGAUGGGAGGUAUGGGGGUUGUGCUGCCCCUACUGGAGCAGGUGUGCGAGGCAGAGCAGGUCUGCAGUGGUGGUCAGGAGAUCUCCGACUUGCUUGGACCUGAGCUGACUUCUCCCAGAGGCCCCGCCGCCCUGCUGCUUCCACUGAACAAGUCUGCAGAGGGCAGGUUAGAGAAGAACAGCCUGGCUGCUUGCCUGCUGAGGGUGAAAACCCUGAUUCGUAACCAUCCUGUCAAUCAGGAGAGCCUGCUGCACUGCCACGGGCCGAGCAUCAUGGGAGCCAUGCUGAGCAAAGUCCCAGGUGUUAUGAUGGACAUGGAGGUUCUUCUGGCCUGUCAGCUCCUGCUGGAGCAGGUCUUCAACGAGGGCAACAGCUCACUUCUCCAGCAGCUCUACCACCACCUGCUCUUUGAUUUCCGCAUCUGGACUAAAAGCCAUUUCGCUGUUUCUCUGGCACAUAUACAGUACCUGUCUUCUGUCAUAAAGAAGGGAAAGCAGAGCAUGAAGAGGAGGUAUGGGGUUCAGUACAUGCUGGACACCAUACGGGCAUUUUACAGUGUGGAGAAAGAUGGCAGCCCUAUGUCUUAUGAGAAGCAAACAGUUCAGACCUCUCUGUUUAUGAUGCUCAAGGAUUUCCUCAAGUCUCCUACGCUGGAGGAGCUCCACAGUGUCCUCGCCUACAUCCUGGCUGUGGGGGAGGAGCAGCAGGUGGUGCGGGCGUUGGACGUGUUGUACGACCUCCUGAGGACCAGCCCGCCACGUGAACAGGUGCAGGCCGCGCUGCUGGACUGGGGCGUAGAGCAGCUUUACUCGCUGCUGCUCAACCGAAACUUCGGAGAUGAGGCCAGAGAGAGAGUGUUCCGGGUUUUGUACAAAAUACUCAAAAGUGAGCGAGUGUCUGAGCGAAACAAGCAGCGUAUCAAACUGAAGGACUUUGGCUACCUGGGCCUGGUUUGUUUCCUCGAAGACAUUCCUGUCACCAUGAUCACCAUCCGCUGUCUGUAUGAGCAGGUCCUCGCUACAGAUGCCAGCCCAAACUUCCGGGACCUCCUGGCUGUCGUCUGUUUGUCCCACAGAGCGGACCUCACCGUCCGCCUGGAUGUCUGCAGAAAGCUCUUUCAUCUCAUCUACUCCAGUGAGGAUUAUGUGAAGCAGCUUGCUAAGCAGCCAGGCUGGCAGGAUGUUCUGACCAAACUCUAUGUGAAGGAGUCCUAUGAGUUCCUCACAGGCAGCAUCGCAGAGGGAGUUCCAAACAAAUCCUUCGAGCCGAGUUAUCGGCCACAGCUGCAGAGAGAUCCGUCUCUGAUAAUCGACCACGGCCACACCGGCCUCUUCCUAAAUUAUCAAAGCUCACAGGAAAUAGAGGAAGAGGUGGAGGAGGAUGAAAGGGGACAGCGGGAUUUUUCGGAGGGUUUCUCUGAUUUAUCCCAGUCACCUCCGAGCGGAGGAAUCCCACUGAAAAACCUCCGCGGCUCAAUCAAUUUCAGGUCUUUCGAUUCCAUGGACAAGAGCAGCCGCUCCUCCUCCAUUUCUAAUGCAGUCGAUAUCAACCUGCCGUGUGGGAAUGAAGAGGGGAGAGAGUACUGUCCCAAGUCCCCCUUCGGUACCUCACCCUUAGAUAUUGAUCUCAUCAACAUGGGAGAUACACACACUCCUGUGGGCAGUUUGACAAACACACCAUCUCCUCUGGAACCCAAAAUGUUUCCACCGCUCCGACCCAGGAAGAGCUCCAGUCUGUCCAACGUGCUGGACGACACGAGCUACGGCGCCGAUCCUCCCACAGACACCAUCUCCAACACGUCCAACCCACAGCAGACCCCUGAAGAGGAGCUGUGCAACCUUCUGACCAACAUCAUCUUCUCCGUCAUGUGGAGCGGCAGCGCAGCAGAGGGACCGGACGAUGCGGUGUGGAGAGAAAGAGGACAAGUCUUUUCUGUUCUCACCAAACUGGGCUCCUCCUACAAGCUGGUCCGUCCUCCCGAUGACAUCAAACGCAGUUUGUUGGAGAUGAUGCUGGAGUCGUCUCUGUCAGACCUGAGAGACGCCCAGGGAUCAUUCCUGCCCUUCUGUCCCAGUCUGGUCCGACUUCUCCGGCUGCUGCAGGACUUCCUGUUUGCUGAGGGUACAGACAACCACUCACUGUGGAGUGAAAAGAUUUUUGAGGGGGUGGUGAACCUGCUGGACAGGUUACAGGCCUGGCACAGCACCCCUGGUAGCCCCGGCAACACCGAGCUGAAGGAGAUGGCCCAGAUUGGUCUGCGUAUCAUCACUGGAUACAUUCAGCAGCAGAACUCACAGGUGUGUGUGAUGGCGUACUUGAAGCUCCACAGUCUCCUCCAGACCGUGCUGUGUCUAAGCUGGGAGGAGGUGUGCUUCUUACUGGGGCGGGUGGGCGCCCCCCUGUGGCCAGGAGAUAGUGCCUACAGUGGACACCCAGAGAGUUUCUCACAGCUGGUGCCCAUCGUACGAACUCUUCUGGAUCAGCACGCGGACCCCAUCGUCCUCCAGACCCACCUACCAAACCUGCCCAUCACCAACGGCAGCCCCACCUUUGCUCAGGACCUGAAGGUUUACUGCCACACGGUGGAGUGGCAGGGCUUUUACCAGCAUCAGGUUUUACCGACCAUGGAGCAAUAUGAGCUGGACACAUUUGGGAGAAGCCACGACAUCAUGUCCAAUUUCUGGAACUCCUGCUUCGAUGAUCUGAUGAGCACGGCCUAUAGACGAGACAAAGACAGAUCUGACAGCAAAUCAAAGUUUCAGGAGGUCAUCGUGGACCCGUACAUGAAGCGAGUUAAGAGUGAGAACGCCAGACACCUGAGUUGGCAGAAGCAGAGUUCUGGCCAGCAGGGGGUGGUGUGGCAACACUGGAAAUCCUUCCGCAGGCUUCUCACCAGUGAAAGAGGAGCAUGGGCCAACAGGUUUCAGCCUGAGGUGAAAUGGAAACUGUCCAACGCUGAGACUUAUUCAAAGAUGCGUUUAAAGCUGGUGCCCAACCACAACUACGAUUCUCACAGUGAAGCCAGCGCCCUGAGGGACAACAUGGGAGCCGAAAGCCCUCGUAGCUCUGAGCCUCUGCCGCUGGCUGUGGCAAAAGAAGCCAAAGUGAGCGACAUGGAGGACGACCAGUUGGGAGAAGAAGACCUGGUCAAUUUGGAUAAUAAGGGGGAGGGAGAAGAAGAAAGCCAGAAAGAAAAACUGGUUCUCUCCGAGGACUGUGAACUCAUCACCAUCGUGGCUGUUGUGCCGGGUCGUCUGGAGGUUACCACACACCAUCUCUACUUCUACGAUGGCAGCAGUGAGAAAGAAGAGACGGAGGAGGGAAUCGGGUUUGAUUUUAAAAGGCCUCUGUCCCAGCUCAGAGAAGUUCAUUUGAGACGCUACAACCUGCGACGCUCUGCACUGGAGCUGUUCUUCAUAGAUCAGUCUCACUACUUUAUCAACUUCAGAAAGAAGGUUCGUAAUAAGGUGUACUCAAGGAUCCUGGGGCUGCGGCCGCCAAACCUUUUCUACUUUGGCUCCCGGUCCCCUCAAGAGCUACUGAAGGCGUCAGGACUCACACAGAAAUGGGUUUGCAGGGAAAUCUCCAACUUUGAGUAUUUGAUGCAGCUGAACACCAUCGCUGGACGCACAUACAACGACCUCUCGCAGUAUCCUGUGUUUCCCUGGAUCUUGUGCGACUACACCUCAGAUGUUCUGGACCUGGAUGAUCCAAAUAUUUUCAGGGACUUGUCUAAACCAAUCGGUGUGGUCAACCCAAGACUGGCUCAGAAUGUCAAAGAAAAGUAUGAGAACUUUGAGGACCCGACAGGCACCAUUGACAAAUUCCACUACGGCACACACUACUCAAAUGCAGCAGGAGUCAUGCACUACAUGAUCCGCAUGGAGCCGUUCACCACGCUGCACAUCCAGCUGCAGAGUGGCAAGUUCGACUGUGCAGACAGACAGUUCCACUCAGUGGCAGCCGCCUGGCAAGCUCGCAUGGAGAGUCCUGCUGACGUCAAGGAGCUCAUACCAGAGUUCUUCUACUUCCCAGAGUUUCUGCAGAACCUGAACGGGUUCGACCUGGGGCAUUUGCAGAUAUCUCAGGAUCCGGUGGCGGAGGUUCUACUGCCUCGCUGGGCCACGUCCAGAGAGGACUUCAUCAGGAAACACAGGAAAGCUCUGGAGAGUGAUCAUGUGUCCAGUCGCCUCCAUGAAUGGAUCGACCUGAUCUUCGGUUACAAGCAGAGAGGAGAAGAAGCAGUGAACGCACUUAAUGUUUUUUACUACUGCACCUAUGAAGGUGCUGUGGAUCUGGAUGCCAUUGCCAAUGAAACUGAGCGAAAGGCCCUGGAAGGCAUCAUCAGUAACUUUGGACAGACACCAUGUCAGCUCCUCAAGGAGGCUCAUCCUCCUCGGAUGACGGCAGAGAAUGCAGAGCGGCGACUGGUUCGUCUGGACACGAUGCCCCUAAAUAUCUUUGAGGAUCUCAAGAAACUCCGUCCUUUUGUGGAGGUGCUGUGUGAUGGCCUUGCCCUGGUGCAGGCAGUGGUGCCGAAGAACCAGAACCGAUCCUUCAUCAUUCAGGGCUCAGACAUUUUGGUGACUGUGAGCUCAAAUGGCUUAAUAGGAACUCACAGCUGGCUGCCGUACGACAAGAACAUCGCCAAUUACUUCACCUUCACAAAGGAUCCAACCAUGACUAAUCCCAAGAUGCAGCGUUUCCUGAGUGGACCAUUCUCCACCGGGGUGGAGAUCAGCGCCCAGGUGCUGGUGGUGUCCAACGACGGACGUCUGCUCUUCAGUGGAGGACACUGGGAUUGCAGUCUCCGUGUCACGCAACUGGGCAAGGGCAAGCUGGUGGGCAGGAUCUGCCGGCACAUUGAUGUUGUCACAUGUUUGGCCCUGGAUCUCUGUGGAAUCUACCUCAUCUCUGGUUCAAGAGACACAUCCUGUAUAGUGUGGCAGGUUCUACAGCAGGGGGGCUUCUCCAGCGGACUGUCUCCUCGACCGGUGCAGGUUCUCUGUGGACAUGACCAGGAGGUCACCUGUGUGGCCAUCAGCACUGAACUGGAUAUGGCUGUGUCAGGGUCAAAGGAUGGGACCGUAAUCGUGCACACAAUCAGGAGAGGUGAGUUCCUGCGGACGCUGCGACCUCCCGGAAAUGGCUAUGUUCCUGCUCCGAUCUCGGCGCUGCAGGUUGGCAUGGAGGGUCACAUUGUGGUACAGACCUCCCUGGAGGAGCACUCUCACAGAAAGGGUAAGUACUCCAUUCAUGUUUACUCAGUGAAUGGAUGUCUACUGAGCUCAUUCAGCACCGAGGAGCAGGUGACUGCUCUCCAUCUGGUCUCUGAGUACGUCAUCCUGGGCACCAUGCAAGGCAGCCUCCACAUACGAGAUUUAUACAGCCUGGACGCUCAGGUCUCUCCACUGGCACUGAAGGUUCCUGUGAGGAGUGUGUCUGUGACCAAAGAGUGCAGCCACAUCCUGGUGGGACUAGAAGACGGGAAGCUCAUUGUGGUGGGAGCAGGGAAGCCAGAGGAGGUUCGCUCAGGACAAUUCCCUCGUCGCCUGUGGGGCUCCACUCGCCGCAUCUGUCAGGUGUCGUCAGGUGAAACCGAGUACCAUCCCACGGACAAUGCUGGGAAAUAGUUAAAGCAGCGGUGGAGGAAUUCCGAGGACUUCACCCGGUUGAGUUUAAGACCUUGUCUCCACAGUCACCGGUCUCCCCGAGAGAGCAACCACACACACUAAGCACUUUUUUAUUCUUAAGUGAUUUGACAUUUUAGUGCCUUUUUCUUCCAAUGUUUACUGUUUUGUUUUGUUUUUUUAAUUAAUUUUUAAUCAGCAUCAUUCCAAAGAGUGGCCUUGUUUUAUGGAUUACAAACGACCAUGUUGAUGGUUUGAGAACAACAGUGAAAGGAAUGAUUCACUCUGCUCGGCACUCAGAUAUGGAGGCUGAGUGAUGCUGUGAAGUCCAUGUGUUCUUCGGUCUUGGCUCAGCCUCCAUCAGAGAAACAGCUGUGAUGUUCGUGCUGUUCCCAAAUCCAUUGUUUUUGGAACUUCUAAAACUGAAAACUUGAAUCUACUGCAGACUUGACAUUUCUGCGUUGCAAUACUUGUCUGUACCACAAGAGGCUUUUGCCUUUAAAAGCGACACAGACUGAACUGAUCACCAGUGAGUCCACCUUGUGGAACCUUAACACCACAAGUGCUCUGUGUCUUUUACAUUCCCUCCUCCGAUGGAAAUGUGCAACUGUUACAAUUAAAGCAAUGCAUUUAAAAUAUUGCUCGUGUAAAAUAUAUGUAUUCUUAAUAAUUAUGGAGAGUAAAAAGGUUGAACUGUUAUAUUUUCAUAUCUCUGGUCAUUGAAAAGUGCCUUCUGAGCUUCCGUCUCCAACCAGGUGUAAACACUGAGCUCCAACCACUGGUGAUGAUUUGUUUCCUCUGAAUUAAACACACCUCUCUGGUCUGCUGUGACUCAGUGGGGGGUGAGGGUGAGGGUGUGAGAGGCUGGCAGCUGUUGUUGAUGAAGUCAGUAAACUGUACACUGAAUGUACACGCAUGUUGCUGCAAACGUCUGAAGACACGAUGACUCCGACACACGUAAGAGUCCGUGAGUGUGAGUGAGCUUCGGAGGAAUUCACGUCCUGCUCGGCUUCUCUACUGUGGUUGGAACAAAGUGGUUGCCGUGCUGCGUCAUGACAGGAGAGAGUGGGUUAACUGUUUAGAGAAAAUGCAAUACUCUUAACAGCGUGCACACAAAACAAAUUACCUUAAGUUCUGUUGAAAGCAAAGCUUAUUAUAAACAAAAAAUAAACAAUUUAUGUCGUGUUGCUCUAAAACCAUCUGCUUUUCUCAUGGGAGUGAAAAUCAGAAAAUCCACUUUUCUAUUCUUCAUGCUGAAAAAAUAAUGAACUCUAUAACCUUGCACUGUUUUUCUGAAAUCAUCAUAGUCGUACUAUAAUCUUAAACUAUGCAGUUACUAACACCCGGAGCCUUAGAUUGAAUUCACCAGGUGUGGAAUUUGGGAUUUUACAGCCGCAGCCUUCUCUCAUCACCAGCUGGAUUAUUUCACAUUAUUUGUCAUUUAUUCUGUAAAAACCCGAGGAGGAGAGCGGUCCCGUCGUGUGCACUCGUCUCACUCUCACUCUGACGGCUGUUGUUUGUUUUUUGUAUUGUUCUGGAGAGAAGCUGAAAAUACACCUUGUGUUUAAAAAAAGUGAAACGGCCUCCUGGGUUCACUGCAGAGGGAGCUGUGGUUGUGGUUGUCUGCUUGUUCUCUGUGUCUCGGUUGUUUUUUGUUUUGUUUUGUUUUUUUCAUGCUCAAACAUGUACAGACACAGUGACUGCACACUCCAAAUUGAAGACAAUGAUUUCUUUACUUCUUACCAAGUUUUCCAAGUGCUUUUUUCCCCACAAUAAAUGGUUCUCAACACAGUUGCUUCAUUGACGAAGCUUUUAUUUAGACAUAAAAACGGACCAAAAAAAAACCUAAAAACUAACUGACUUUAUGGAGUUCCACCACAGUUGUGCUUUAAACAUUUAUUUUAAGUUUCUAUUUUCAUAAAUACUCAACAUAUGUCAACGUGCUUUCAAGUUCAAGUCUUCCCUCGACACAAACUUAAGAGCGAAGGUUUAGAAAGAAAGACAAGGACGUACAAAGUCAUCGACGUGUUUCAGGUCGUAGUGUUGGAAGUACGAGUUCACAGAUGUCCAUGAGGUUAUUGAUGUUCUCAAAGAUAGGAACCAAACGGAACCACAGACUGUGAACAAAUGAAGGGAAUAGUCAAAGAUAUGACUGAGGUUCUGAGGAAUUACUGACUAGUUAUAAUGACUAUCGAUCGACAAUAGUCAGUCUGGAUUUCAAUUUAAAUAAGAGAAGAUUAAAAAACCCUCCUACAGUACUGUAAUGUACUGCAGUAUGUGGCUACGAACCAAAAAACACAAACAAAAAAAAAAAAAAAAAAACACAUAUGCUGAA